CUGAAACUGUCUCAUUUUGUUAUAAAUAACUCAAAACUGUCUUAUAGUGUAAUUCUUUCUAGAUGAAUUAAAGAAGUAUCACGAAAUCGAAUCCAUUUCGACAUAGACAUAUCUGUCAACAUCAAUCCGAAGUGCCCCCACAUUCAAUAAUGCAAAGGAUUGUUUUUUUUUUUUAAUUGAUGCAACAUGCUGCCAACAAUUUGCUGAAAUAAAGCGUAUCAUUCUGACCCAAGCAGAGACCGUACUAAAUGAUUGUGUGUGCCUAAUGGCAUACCAGACAGAAGUCUAAAUUGAAUACGUUUAGAAAUGUGGUACCAUGAUGUUUCUAGGAAGCAGAAGAACCCUCUCCAUUCUUGAACUUGUUCUUCUCAGUAGCAUUGACAUCAUCAACUCUACGAUCAGAGAGUCAAGGAGUAGUGAUCCCUUUGCUCAGACUUUGUCCUUGUUUCCAUCCCAAUCUAAGAAGAUCAAGCUCUCUCAGCUUCCAUGGCUUGCCUCUCCUCGUAAUCGUUGGCUAAACAGAUUGGGAGCCAUCUUGACCAGACUGACAGUGGAUUUGUCAUCAUCUGACGGCGGAUGAAGAUCUCUCCACCUAGGCUACCAUUUUUCAAUUCAGAAAUCUGAUGAAUUUAGGCCUUUCAUUUUUUUUAUUUUUUUAUUUUUAAUAAAACACCAAGCCACCCACUUAGGCUAGAGAGAGAGAGAGACAGAGAGGAGAUAUGAGAUCGGAUCCGGCGUACGGUCGGCGCGUGAGCGUACGUGCUGUUGUCGAAAUCUUUCUCCUACCGUUAAAGAGGUUUUUCUUGCUUCUUCUUCAUCGCCUCUCACCGAACGCCUUGUCUGAGUUCUGGAUUGGAGCCAUCCUCCAACGGUGGUUCCUCGCUUGGAGGGCAGACUCGCUUGCGUGGAGGUUCAUGGCGUGAGAAGAUAGGCUUGCAUGUUCAAGUGGUGAUUCCGGGAGAUGGAGGCUAUCACAGAUUCGUCAACGCCGGCUUUUCUCCGGGAGGUGGAGGCUCCCUCAGCUUCGCCGCCGCUGGUUCUAGUUUCCGGAGAAGGAGAGGUUUUCUCUGCUCCGUCUUCGCCGGUUUUGGCUCCGGAGGGUAGAGGCUCACAUAGCUCUACGCUGUCGGUUUUGGAACCCGUAGUCUUUUGGGGUUUGGUUACUAGUUUGGCUUUGGUGGAAGCUGCGUUGUGGCUCUUGUCGUCAGGAUGAUUGUUCGGGUCAGAAUGGAUGAGAUUUCGGUAGAAGAUGAAGCUCUCCAUCGACAGCGACGACGACAAGAGAAGAAAAGCAGAGGUCUCGAGUCUCGGGCUUAAAAUGCCCAGUAGGCGGCGUGUGAUGAUUGGGAUGAGCUCUCGGUUAGUACGAUGACGCUCUCUGUGACAAGUUCGACGGUGUAGAGCCGUUCAAGGUUCGGUGGACCCAUCGGGAUGAGACAAGAAGAUGAUAAGCUGACACGUGCUUCUGGAUAUGGCCAGUGUCGGUGAUGGGCUUUUAAACUUUAAGUCCAGUCUUUUAGUUUGUUGUUGGUUUAGUUAUUCGGAUCGUAGGCUAUUUUUUUUGUAAGGAUUUUGGACUGGGUCCUUCUCUAUUUAAUGAACAAAAACUUGGAAAAAAAAAACAUAGGCUUGGUUCAUAAAAAUAGUAUGAGAAAAACAGACUAUUUUUAUAAUUCUUGCAAAGCUUUUAAUUCAUAAAUGUUACUACAUAAACCCUAGAAACGUCUAAGUGCGAUCUCUCUCUCUCUUCCUAAAGAUAUGCGGGUGGUGAAUCCAUCCUUGUGUAUCGACGGUGCACAACCAUUGGUGUACCUCCCUCCUCCUCGCUCUUCUCAUUUUCCCGCUAAUGGAAAAUUCCAUGGGCGUUGUUACUAUCCUACGAGCGUUUCUAUGCAAUCCCAGAGCCAGUCAGUUGCAAGUAAAGGAGGAGCCAAAAGAUUUGGUUUCAACUCUAAUAGCAAAAGAUCUGUCUUUGCAUGUAACGCUGCCCUGAAUGCAAAAUGCAGUCAAGGGCAAACACAGACUGUUACUCGAGAAUCACCAACAAUCACUCAAGCUCCUACACAUGGAAAGGAGAAAUCCCCAAAGCUUGAUGACGGUGGAAGCGGGUUCCCACCCCGGGAUGAUGGUGGUGGUGGGGGUGGAGGAGGCGGUGGAGAGAGCUUCUCAGGUGGAUUCUUCCUUUUCGGGUUUCUUAUGUUCAUGGGUUACUUGAAAGAUUUGGAGGGCGAACAUGAAACCAGCCACUAGCUAGAGAGGGGAGGAAGGGGAAACAGACAGACAGACAGACAGAUCUCUAGACAAAGUAUUGAACCAGAGAUAAUAAAGUUUCUACUAGUGCUAGCAAUUAGGCACAUAUUUGUAUGUUUCAUCAAUUUUGAUCAUGAAUCAGACAGAUUUUUGUUAUCUCUGACAUAAAACAAAAUGCUUCAACUUUAUAACAAAUGUUCGAACUGAGGUUUGGGAGAUGCAGAGUUUCGAACUUGAAUGAAAAUAUUAGAAGUAUAUAUAUAUAUAUAUAUAUAUAUAUAUUCUCUUCUUUGUUAACAGGUUUGGCCUAAGACUUUGGAAAUGUUCAAUGCCUGCAAUUGGUGGUAAAAGUGACAACAAGUCCACUGAAAAACAUCCGCUUGCUUUAGCAUUAGUAGCGAGGACACAAUAAGGAGAACAAGUAGUGGAAGCCUAGGUGAGAACAGAGAGGAGGAAGUCUCAGUGGCAGGUUAGCAAGCUUGAAGAAACAGGGAGACAAAGACUCGCGAUCACUCAGAGUCUUUGGAGGAAUAAAGAGGAAGGAGUGAUGAGCAAAGACUCAGAGGCGUUUAGAGUCUUUGCCAAAUAAAUGAUAUGUGGUUAUUUCAUUUUUAAAUAGGAGUUUGUUAGGCGUUUGCCUUCUCAUACUUAAAGUUGUGUGUAGAGUCGAUAUGAGACUUCUAUUCCCUUGAUCGUCAUGAGAUUAUAUGGCUUCUUCGAGCUACAAUUUGUAUUUCGUUUUGGGGAUAUUCAGUAAGAUCGUUCUAUUCUCUUUCU